UAUUUAAUAGGAUGGGAUCUAAUACGAUUUGCAGUCCACAUAAUUGUGUUGGAGUGUGACAAUCAUGUUGAGAUUCAUUAGCCUCAUUUUGGCUAUCGCCUUCGCCGUUGAGGCCAUUCCCCAAGGAAAGUUUCAUGGCCUUCAGGACAGGAUAGCGCUAUAUCCUCAAAAGUUCCAAAAGUACAUCGGCAAGAUUGAUCGUCUUCCAUUUGGCAAGAUCAUCGGCGGUCAAGAAGCCACGCCCCAUUCCUGGCCCUUUAUUGUGGCUCUGAAUGUAGAUGACACUUACUUCUGUGCUGGAAGCAUCUUGAACGAAGAAUGGAUCCUGACUGCUGCCCAUUGCUUGGAUGGAGCUGUCUCCGUGGAGGUCACUGCUGGAGCCCACAAUCAAGCGAUGUCACCGGAGUCCACCCAGGUCAGGAUCACCUCAACGGAUUUGACGGUUAACAGGGACUAUGAUGAUGUAAACAUCAUUUCCGACACAGGUCUCAUUCGAUUGCCCGAAAAGCUGGACCUCAGUGGCCCUAAUAUCAAGGCUGUUGUCAUGGCGUCUGCGGAUCCUUUGGCCAACGAAAUCGUCACGUCCGUUGGUUGGGAUUGACUGAAGACUUUGGCACUGUUUCACCCACUCUAAACCAAGUCGAUGUUCCUGUCCUGGAUUAUGAUGAAUGUCUGGCUGAAUGGGACAAUAUCUUGGAUCCUAAGCAAUUGUGUAUCAAUACCGAAGGAGGCAAGGGAACUUGUGGGGGCGAUUCUGGUGGUCCCACCAUGUACAACAACCAACAAGUCGGAAUCACUUCAUUCGGAGGCUUUUUGUGCGAGAUCGGAUUGCCCGCUGGUUUGGUUUCUGUUGCUCAA